AUCCCCUCCCUAUCCUCUUCAUCCCUUCUCUCUCUCUCUCUCCCUCUCCGUGUUCAGUAUAUAUCUCUGCCUCCGUGACAUUCCCGGCUCUAACCCAAAGCAGAAAGAACAGCCGGCGACGGCGGAGAGAAAAAAAUCAGAUAACGAUGGGCAUACAGGGCCAAUUAAGCGACGUCUCAUCGGACUCCAUCCCUCUCCUCCUCGUCGCCCUCAUCGCCGGCUGCGUCAACCACCUCCGCUCUUCGAUUCUCUCCUUCCUCCACUCCCUCCGCCUCCACCACAGCCCCGCACAAGCCCCCGACGACGGUCUCCUCCGCUCCCUCGGCUCCGGACUCGCCGGCCUCAUCCUCCUCGCCGAACAGCUCGACCAGAACCUCGCGUCUACCACCAACCAACGCAGCCGCUCCUCUGGCGACUGCGUCGUGUGCCUGUCGGAGCUGAUGGACGGGGAGGCGGUGAGGGCGCUGGCGUGCCGCCACGUCUUCCACAAGCGUUGCUUCGACGGUUGGGUCGACCGCCUCAACUUCAGUUGCCCGCUGUGUCGGUCACCGGUGGUUUCCGGCGAGCGCGUGGAGGCCGUGCAGCGGCGCGUGGGGGGAGACCUCGUUGCCUGGUUCUCCAAUCUGCGCUAACGAGCGUGUGGUUCAUCUCAAGGAGGAAAUAUCCUUUUGUUUUUGAAGAGCUCGUGAGCAGCUCUUUUUGCAGCCAAUAAAAUUAAUUACUCAUUGUGAUAGUUAUUAAUAUUAAUUAUUAUAUUUUAAUUACUAUUAUUAGCAGUAUUGUCAGUAUUAUGGAUGUUCUUGAACCAUUUUAUUUGCCAUGAGGUACAAUAGCUAGCUUAUGAUAUCAAACAAAGAGAUCGGAUUGGCAGUUCGGAGGCGAUUCGCCCGAUGUCGAAAAGUUAGGUCCUACUACUAUAGAGAGAGUAAAUGUGGAUGAAAUGAAAAGUGUGUGAACCAGAAGGGUACCUCCCUAGCUAUUUAUACGGGAAGCUAGUCGGCCUCGCAUGUAUACAAGGUAAGGUUAAUAUCGCUGGCGACGUCUCUGCUAAUAAUGUAAACUCAUUGCAUGUAGUUCUUUAGUCGAUCCACCGGCCGAGCCAGUCCAUGAUAUUGGUCGUUCAAUGGUCCAAUAGUUAGUUGCUGGGAAUGCACUAUUUGCCCUUGAUACGUAUUUAGUUUGUUCCUUAUUGGUCCCGGAAAAUCAUCGUGCACCACGGGGAGCUUUUGUCACGGUAAAUAGUGUAGCUGUCUUGUUCCCCAACAUGGCAUGGUGCAGAGAAAUUUCAUAAAAGCGUAAAGAAAGGACUGGAAGCCCUUUCUUUCAAUUUCACAUGCAUUAGUCAACAUUCCCCACACUGCUGACGAAUAUAUAAGUCAAUAAAUAUGUGGUUCUUCUU